AUUUUAAAAACAUAAUAUAGGUUGACAAUAUUUUGUUUACUUUUUGAACAAAUAUUAAAUAUAAAAUAAUUCGUCUUCUUAAGGGUUUUGACUGUUGACACCAUUCGUCUUCUUCCUCUACAUUCUCCGAGUUCCUUGUUUCUUAAGGCAAAGCGUAACCCUAAAGUUCCCGAGUUUUCUACUCAAUAUCUUCCUCUGUCCUCAUGCUGAAGCUCUUCACAUCACAUCACGUGGCUAGCCGGUUUAAGAACCGGAGUUCCCACAAAUUGGCUCCUAGAGCUUUCUUAUCGACACUAACCGAUUCCAAGCCUACCGAUACUGUCUCUGCUAAACAAUGCCUCGACGAUUGUCAAACGGUUGUAGCAUUACCGUUGCUUCGCAAGCCUCUUAUUCCUGGUUUCUACAUGCCACUCUAUGUCAAGGAUCCUAAAGUACUUGCAGCUUUACAAGAGAGCAAAAGUGGACAAGCUCCAUAUGCAGGAGCUUUCCUUUUGAAGGAUGACAAAGACGCUUCAACUGCUUCAUCUUCUUCUAGCUUUGAAACAGUGAAUAUCCUAGAUAAGUUGAAAGGCAAAGAGUUGCUUAAAAAAAUUUACCAAGUUGGCACACUUGCUCAGAUUUUAAGUAUCCAAGGUGAGCAAGUCAUCCUUGUUGGUCGCAAACGACUUCAAAUAACAGAGAUGGUGAACGAAGAUCCUUUAACUGUCAAAACUCAUCAUAUAAAUGAUAAGACAUAUGACAAGAACGAUAAGGUCAUCAUCAAGGCAACAUACUUUGAGGUUAUUUCUACGCUUAGGGAAGUCUUAGAGACAACAUCACUCUGGAGGGAUCAAGUUCAGACAUAAACACAGGAUAUAGGUGGCUCCAACUAUCGAAAGUUGGCCGAGUCUAUACUACAAAAAAGAAGAAGAAAGUUAACCGGUUUUGGAACUGGGAUCUUUGAGGCUAUUGACGUCUUUUAUCAAAAGUUAACCGGU